CCCGGAACUAGAGCGCUUUCGCUUGCUUCUCCAGUCCUGGUAGUUCUCGGGUCCCCCGGCUUCUCCUAGCCUGUCUCCAGGAGCGUGUUCGAGCUCGCGGCCACGCGGCCCGGGCAAGAUCAGUUUCGUCUCCUAGCUCGCAGCCCCGAUCACCGACUUUGGGGCGACAUGGCCGGGGCCCGCCGCGGCUGGCCGGGCGUGAGGACGCAUCUCGCAGCCCGCGCGCUUCGGUGGCCCCUGGGCCAGCGGGCACCGGUGUCGGUGUGAGCAGCCUCUCCGCGCCCUAGGACCCCGCGCUCACGGCCGCAUGGCCUCCGAGGCGCCUUCGCCGCCGCCCGCCUCCCCCGAGCCGGAGCUGGCGCAGCUAAGGCGGAAGGUGGAGAAGUUGGAGCGCGAGCUGAGGAGCUGCAAGAGGCAGGUGCGGGAGGUCGAGAAGCUGCUGCAGCACACGGAGCGCCUGUACCAGAGCGCCGAGAGCAAUAACCAGGAACUCCGCACGCAGGUAGAAGAGCUCAGUAAAAUACUCCAUUGUGGAAGAAAUGAAGAUAAUAAAAAGUCUGAUGUAGAAGUGCAGACAGAGAGCCAGGCUCCUUGGUCAACUUCAGAUUAUUAUUAUCAGACACACUACAAUGAUGACGGUCUUCCCAGUAAGGAGACGGACUUGUCUGCACAGCACAGUCAGUAUGUUCAAGCUUCUACUCUUAACUCUAAGGACGAGUCACAGAUAGGCAGCGAUAGUUAUGCUGGUGCUGAUGUAACAGAGUGUGCCAGACAUGGACAGGAGGAUCAUUUCACCUCGGAGUCACAGGAGAGUGCAUCUGCGUUAGCAGCAGAAGGCACCGCCCUAGAAGGGUCCUCUCUAGCUGAGAGCUUGAGAGCCGCAGCCGAAGCUGCUGUGUCGCAGACUGGCUUUACCUAUGACGAGAACACGGGAUUGUAUUUUGACCACAGCACCGGCUUCUAUUAUGAUUCUGAAAAUCAACUAUAUUAUGAUCCGUCUACUGGAAUUUACUACUACUGUGACGUGGAAAGUGGUCGAUACCAAUUUCACUCUCGAGUAGAUUUACAGCCUUACCAGACCUCUAGCACAAAACCAAACAAAGAUAAGAAAUCGAAGAAGAGAAGAAAGGAGCCAGGUUUUUGUUCAGCAAAUGAGGAAAAGGAUUUGAGUUCAGAAGAUCAGAAAGCCUACAGUGCUGAGUACAUAAACUGCAGUGAGGAAGAAAACCCUGCAACUGUGAAAAAGAAGGCCAAAAUAGACGCUCCUUACAACAGCAGUCCCUCAAAGCUCACUGCUCCAGUUAGUGGAGCUGCUGGAGAGUCUCCUGCUGAUGACAGCUCAGCUUCGUCUAAGGAGGAGAAAGCCAGAGAGAGUGACAGUGAGCCAGAGGAAGGUGAAAUUACAGACUCUCAGAGUGAUGAGAGCUCCGAUGGAGAUAGUGCCAGUGACGACAAGGAGUCCUCAGAAGAAUCCGAGGAUGAAGAUGAGGAAAAAAUUUGGCCGCCCUGUAUUCGGGUGAUUGUUAUUAGAUCUCCAGUGUUGCAGACGGGCUCGCUUUUCAUCAUCACAGCUGUAAACCCAGCCACGAUUGGGAGAGAAAAAGAUAUGGAACAUACUAUCCGAAUCCCUGAAGCUGGCGUUAGCAAGUUUCAUGCGGAAAUUUAUUUUGACCAUGACUUGCAAAGCUACGUCCUUGUGGAUCAGGGCAGCCAGAAUGGAACCAUUGUCAAUGGGAAACAGAUUCUUCAGCCAAAAACUAAAUGUGACCCUUACAUCCUUGAACACGGCGAUGAAGUGAAGAUUGGGGAGACUGUGCUGUCCUUUCACAUUCACCCUGGCAGUGAGACCUGUGACGGCUGUGAGCCAGGCCAGGUCCGAGCUCACCUCCGCCUUGAUAAGAAAGACGAACCUUCAGUUGCUCCUGCACUAAGUAAGGAAGAAAAAGAGUUGGAAAGGAGAAAAGCACUAAAGAAAAUACGAGUAAAGUAUGGUUUGCAGAAUACAGACUAUGAAGAUGAAAAAGCACUGAAGAAUCCAAAAUAUAAAGACAGAGCUGGAAAACGUAGGGAACAGGUUGGAAGCGAAGGGACUUUCCAGAGAGAUGAUGCCCCUGCAUCUGUUCACUCUGAAAUUACAGAUAGCAACAAAGGCCGAAAGAUGUUGGAGAAGAUGGGUUGGAGGAAGGGAGAGGGCCUGGGAAAGGAUGGUGGAGGAAUGAAGACGCCGAUCCCGCUUCAGCUUCGACGGACGCAUGCAGGUUUGGGGACUGGGAAGCCCUCCUCAAUUGAUGAGGUCCACUUUCUCCAGAGCAAGAGCAAAAAAAACUGGGACAAAGCGCGAGAGAGGUUUGCAGAAAACUUUACAGACUCAAAGCCUCUGAAAGAUGCACCAGGGCCUGUGCCAUGGGUGAAGGGGACUGCAGAGUGA